AUGUGUUKUCUGACCAAGCAUCCAGCUCUUGGGGUGGUAUGUUCUGCUUUCAUAUUCAGCGUGCUCAUUGCUGAAGGACAGCCUGGGGAACAGCAUGGGCAGGAAGGCAGCAAUCCUCGCAGCCAAGGCUCUCUGGUGGAAGUUUUGCGCGUUCUCUCAGCUGAAAACACUGAGCUCCACAUGAACCACUCACGAGAACUGGUCAAAGUGUUACUGGAGAGAGCUGAGUGCCCACAGCGGAUUUAUGGCAUGCAAGAGGAUUGUAAUCUGUGCCUUGAACCAGAUGCUUUGUUACUGAUAGCUGGAGGAAAUGUAGAAGACCAUCUCAGUGAAGAAGUAUUYGAGAGAAUUUCUCUUAUUCUCCUCUACUACAUUCUUCAUCGCAGAGAUAUGUGUUCUUCUGAAUUCAGCUUGAAUGGCAAGGAUUACAAAUUUUACCUACAGAGCAUGCUUAGUUUAAGACAUGAUGAAGACUGUUACUAUUUUUCACGGAAUGAAACUGAAGAUAUUUUAGCUGCAGUAAGGCAACAUUUUAAAACUUCUGAAAACCAGUGUGUUGAUGUGAGCACUCUGGAGAAAAAUGCUGAUAUAAUGGACAGAGAUGGUGCUGAUGAAAACACUCUUCCACGCCUGGCUGCUUUAAUCCUUACUCUGGCUCUCCAAGGAGUCUGUAUGGGGAAAGCAAGCUUGCCUUCCCCAGACUUCUUUAUAAAAUACAUUUUCAGUUCUCUAAAUAGUACCACUGAGCUCCAAGUGACAGAACUAGAACAACUACUAAAUGUGCUUACAGCCAAAAAGACCUGCACUGUAAAUGGACAAUUUCACAGUCACAAAAGAAGACUUUAUAGUAUGGCAGUCAGAGAUAUUGGAAGAAGAAAUWCUCCAAUCAAAGGAAACCAUACAAAAGGAGACUAUCUGAAAGGCUAUUYUGAAGAUCGUGAAAGGAACACAGAUUGGGACCAGGUUUGUUUCUCUGCCAAUGAACUURUGAAGAUAUUUUUGAAAAACAGUUCUUCUUCCAUUUCUAAGGACCACUUCAAGCAAAUCAGCCCAGCUAUCAUUCAACAGCUUUUAAGUUGUUCAUGUCAGGUUCCUGACUUCAAGCAGACAAAGCUUCCACCAACAGCUGUGGAAAAAUAUGGUUACAGCACUGUUGCUGUUUUACUUAUUACUGUUGGAUCUAUGUUUGGUACAACUCUCAUUUUAUUUAACUCCUGUCAAGAAAUCUAUACACUCAUUUUACAGCUGUUUGUCGGUUUGGCUGUUGGAACCCUUUCUGGAGAUGCACUGCUACAUCUUAUUCCUCAGACUCUUGGUUUACAUAAACAUGAAGCACAAGAAGURGAACAUUUCUAUGAGGGAAAAGAAUAUAUUUGGAAACUUCUGGGAAUAAUUGGAGGAAUUCACGGAUUUUUUCUAAUAGAAAAGUGUUUCUUUCUUUUGGUAACACCACGUGACCAGCAGGGCCUUUCUUUAGUUAAUGGGCACUGGGGAAAUUCCAAUGAUCUUCCAGUGGAGUCUGAAUUAAAUGAACAUUCAGGCAGAGGCAAAUCUACUUCAACCAUACAGUUGAGAAGCCCGGAAGAUUCUGAACCWGCUGAAGUUCCUCCAGAGAGCAAGGUGAUCAGCAAAAAAAGUAAGAAAAUCAGCUUGUUAGCAAUAAUGGUUCUGGUGGGUGACAGUCUGCACAAUUUUGCUGAUGGCUUGGUAAUAGGAGCAGCAUUCUCAUCCUCCACAGAAACAGGUGUGACAACGACUAUUGCUAUUUUAUGCCAUGAAAUUCCUCAUGAAAUGGGAGAUUUUGCUGUACUGUUAAGUACAGGGCUCCCAACGAAGAUUGCAAUUUUGAUGAAUUUUAUAAGUGCACUAACAGCAUUCUUAGGACUUUAUAUUGGCCUUUCUCUGUCGACUGACCCAUCAAUUCAAAACUGGAUMUUUACUAUUACAGCUGGAAUGUUCCUGUAUUUAUCUUUAGCAGAAAUGCUUCCUGAAAUGACUCAUAUUCAGACACGGCGACCCUGGUUGAUGUUUCUUCUACAGAACCUUGGAUUACUAUUAGGCUGGCUUUGCCUCUUACUUUUGGCUGUAUUUGAACAGAAAAUUAAAAUAUAAGUUUUCUGUUGGAAAUCUCCAAGUACCACUUAUGACAGUGGAUAGCAUUAUUCACAAUUUUGUCAUGUCUGCUAUAGUGAUAUGUAAAUUAAGUUGCUGGGAUUUUAUAUCUGAACAGUAGAUAACUAUUUUACUUUAUUAACUUAUUGUUCAGAUUUUAUAAUUAUUUUUUUUGUAAACAUGAAUGUUUAGAAUUAUGUUUUAUUGUUACUGAGUGUACCAGAUCCCAUCCUCAAACUCACAGCUUUUAAUCAGUUUUUAUUGAGACCAUUCUAGUUGAAUGCUCUAAGUGAUCUCUUUGCCAGUCUGAUUGAAGAAAAGAAUAAAACACUUUUAUAUGCAAUAAUUAAAGUGGACUAACCAUAGUUGAAUAAUUUGAAUAAGGAAUGGUUUUUGCCUUUUAGUACAAGAAUUAAUGUAUUUCUUUAAAUCUAAGUGUAGCAAAGCUAAACUGCUAAAUAGCAUAAAAGCAAUCUCAUAAAGUCUGUGCUAUACACUUUGUCAACAUAAAGAUUCUCAGCAGUUGCAUCCACUGGUSCCCUGUGGCGGGAAAAAAUGACAGGUGUAAACAUUGAAGUUUAUGAUACAGAAAUUUGAAAAUACUCUUCUCUGACUAUAAUAAGAGUUUUUCAUAUGUGUAAUGGAACCUGUGACAGUCAAGCAUUGGAUUUACCACUUUUGCCUUAUCUCACCUCUGGUGGUUGCUUAUAAUAAGCAAGUGCUCAUGAAGGAUUAUAAGAAGUAUGUUUAAAUUGUUUUUCUCUGAUAUCCCUUCCAGGCUCCUCAAGUGAAGGGAUUUCUUGAGCCAAAUGUUGCUUCUGAGACAUAACAUUCAAUAAACACUUGCCUUCCYGUCAGCAAUUAGCUUAAUCACAGAUGUGUGAUGUGCAUUGUGGAAAGAGCUUUUUCAGUGUCUAGAGUGCAUGUGSCCUCACUGCAACUCCUCCCAUCCUGAGUGAUUUUUGUGUAAUUAGUCCUCUGGAUUUCAAGGUAAUUCUGCAUAAGUUGAGAUGAUUAAUUUAAUUCAGUAUUGCAGAACCAGGUCUGAAACAAAAAUACAAAUUUGYCUGGAUUCUGAUGUGCUGAGCAGGUUCCAGGAGGUAUUGAGAAACAUUCAGCUGUGUGAUUUCAGCUAUUUACAUGCUCUCAAUUUCUGGUGCAAGGAUUUCUCCCCUAUUUGUACUUCUGYGUGAAAACUAAAUUGUGUUCUUUCUUCCUCCUCCAAUGAGCUGGGGAAAUAGUGAGAGGGAGAUACA